AUGGAUCACAUAGAGGAGACCUUCUACACGGGAAAAGAGAUCGCAAUUGAGCCCGAUCUUGGAGACUUGCGGAAGUCUACCGACAAGGCCCUGCCGGCGCCGCCCAAGACACCGAAAAGGGUGUUGAUGAAGUACCGGUUCUCUGCUAUCCUUUCGAUCGCAUUCGCGGUCGCAAGCUUCGUCUUCACGCUGGUACUGGUACUGGCGGGAAGCGAUGAGCAUAUGUUUGGUGGACAGUACAUCGUGGCACUGAAUACAAGUACGAUCGCCCGAGGGAGCUCGCAGUCAGAUGCAACACCGAGACGAUCCGAAGGCGUGGACGGCGAGGCACUAGCAGACGUCUACUAUCUCUACAUAAGGACAGUUUGUUCUGGCUCCAUUUCCAAUGCUCAAGACGACGCUUCCGAUAUCGUUGUCGUAGAACUAUGCGAAAGCUACAGCGAGGCCAGUGACAUCUCAACACUCCUCAGGACUAUGGCUACCGUAUUGGCCGGCGUGCGAUACACCGUCUUCGCUUCCUUACUCGUCUCGCUCGUCGGUGCUGGCUUCUCCGCCGUCUCCGCCAUUCCAGCCAUCAUCUUUCCACACUCAAAACUUCUCGCCUACUUCAACAUCUUCUGGCCAUUCCUUGCGAGCGCAUUCGCCUUUGUCGCCGCCGUCCUGCUCACGGUGUUGAUAUCUGGGGUUUUCUCGGUGGCUGGUGACAUCGUCGAUGUUGCUGGGGGGAAGCUGAUACAAGGUACAUCCGUGCUUCUGAUCGUAUGGCUGGCAUAUGUACUAGUAUCGUUUUCGGUCGCUUACUGGGGCGUUGUUUGGCUCGUGGAAGUCAGGCGAUCAGGCCUCAUCAGGAGAAAGAGAAGUGAUGAAGAGGUCGGAAACUGGAAGAAUAUUGGGAAAGAAAUAUGGAAUGAUGUAAAAGGAACGAAACGAUUAUGA